GAACCAACUGAGCGUUGCAGCUCCGCGCUCGCUGCAUGGGGACUGGUUGGUGUUGCCCUGUCGUCACUGUGGACCAAGACCUGCGCGAAGCCAUCACUGCAGAAGUUGCGACAGAUGCAUCCUGAGAAUGGAUCAUCAUUGCCCCUGGAUGGACAACUGCGUGGGGCUGCAGAAUCACAAGUUCUUUCUGACCUUCGGCUGAGAUCAGGCUACACUGACUUCGCAUUGGCCAAGGCACGCGCGGCAGCGAUGGCCGCAAUGGGCAGACGCCGCGACGGCCGGCGGAGCGACACAGCAACUGAUCGAUGCUAUGGCGUCAUAUGAUCAUUUUCUAAGGUUGCUUGUUUUAUAUGCCUGCGACACAUUCCUUUUCCUGGGGUAUGCACCUCCAUUUUACUGGGGCGUAGUAGAACCACAAAAAGACACCCCCGCCCUAUUGCCGUAACGUUGUUCCAUUCGGGUCAACAUCACAACAGUGAUCGCCGUAACGAGCUGUACCAGGCCGUUGGAUUAGAUCAGUCUUUAUAGCUUGUUGCUUUCUGGUCAAUUCAUCAUAUUUACUUGCGUUUUCCAAUCAACAUAGACAUGCCUUUCCACCAACCUGCUCCAAGGUGCACCUUGCCAGACAGCAGCGCCAAGGGCAACGUACGGAUGACGUUGGAGAUGCCACGAC